AUGCGUACAGAAGCUGAAUGGAGAAACGAAACAGCAUCUCAAGCAGGAUCUAAUCGAUUCUCUUCUACAAGUCACGUUUCCAUGGGAUAUUAUUCCGAAUAUACGGAUGAAUAUGAAACUUAUUGGGUCGAAUUUACGGCUCUUUUUAAUAAUAGGAGGAAAAAAGAAGGUCGUUCUCCAACACAAUUAUACAAUAUUUUAUCGAUCGAAAUUGGUCUUAGUGCUAGCACAUUAGCUGUUGUACGACAAUCUGAUU